AUGUAUAGUGAUCUGGGGAGACCUUUAACUCUAUACGAACAUGCAUAUCCUAACUCCCAGAUGUGGAAAGCAUUGCGUACGGAAAAGCUGCUACGUUUUCAUGUCAUGGACAACUUCUUGAAGAAGCUAGAAAAAAGUCAGGAGGGGACAAAAGUUGGUGAUAAAGCAGCUAAUGAGAGCACUCAGAAGCAGUUGAUCGACAACAAAUUUAGGGAACAAGAUCGAGAACAACCGGACACGCCUAGCAGGUAUAAAGAGAAGAUUGAAAAGGAGGGUGACACUGAUAUAAAGUUGGUGAUAACCAAGCAAUUGUUUAGAUCAGACUAG